AUGUCAAAAAUAUCAACCAACCCAGUUAUAACUCAAAUUGUAGAGCAUUUAAAUGAAUUCCCUGAGUCCAAAGUAAUCUUUAUGGUUGGAGCAGGAAUUUCCACUUCUUGCGGUAUUCCUGAUUUUAGAUCCCCUAAAACUGGGCUAUAUCAUAAUUUAUCAAAAUUAAAACUACCUUAUGCUGAGGCAGUAUUUGACAUUGAGUAUUAUAAGAAGAACCCCAAGCCUUUUUAUAUAUUAGCCAAUGAAUUAUAUCCAGGUAAAUUUAAACCUUCCAAAUUUCAUUAUUUAAUGAAACUAUUUCAAGAUAAAAACAGAUUACAAAGAAUUUACACUCAGAAUAUUGAUACAUUAGAGAGAGAAGCAGGUAUUAAGAGCAGCUAUGUCAUUGAAGCUCACGGUAGUUUUGCUGAAAAUGAAUGUAUAGAAUGCAAGAAAAAAUACCCCUUGAAAGUUUUUAAAGAAAAACUAAAUGAGUUUAAUAAGUUUGAUAAAAAUAAUAUCAAAAAAUUUAAGUACGCAAGAUGUGAUAACUGUAAUGGGCUAAUAAAACCUAAAAUUGUCUUCUUUGGGGAAAAUUUACCUUCUGAGUUUUUCGAAACUUGGGAUGAAGAUUUAGAGCUACUUAAUAAUGAUGAUAAAGACAAUUCACAUUCAAAUGAUAUAGUUAUCGUGGCAGGUACAUCAUUGACUGUUUAUCCGUUUGCAUCAUUACACGAAGAAAUACCUAAAGCUAUUAAAAGAAUCCUUAUAAAUUUUGAUAAGGCAGGCCAAUUCAAAAGCUCUCCAAGAAACACUGACUUAUUUUUUAAAGGAAGUUCAGAUGAUGCUGCAGUCGAGUUGGUACAAAAUUUAAAUUGGACAGAGGAGUUUGAAAAGAUAAUUGGAGAAGAGAUUAAAGAAGAGAAUGUUGAAGAUAGAAAGUUACAAGAUGAAUUUGAAGUAAAUACACUACUGAAAAGUAUUAAUGAUUUGAAUAUUGCGAAAUAA